AUGACUGGCGCAGCCGUGCUGCUUGCCCUCGCUCCCUCUGUCAUGGCCAUGGGUUCCGCUACCGUCAUCAACAACUGCGGAUAUCCCAUCUUCUAUGCCCCUGUCGGCCAGAACACCUCGCCCGGCAUGUCGCAGAUGCAGGGUAGCUACUCCCAGCAGUACAGCCAGCCUGGCAAUGGUUACUCCAUCAAGCUCUCUCCUUCGUCAAGCGGUCAAGUCACCCAGUUUGAGUUCACCCUGGGCUCGGACGGCAAGAUUAACUACGACCUGUCCAACAUCGACGGCAACCCAUUCGCUGCCGGCGGUAUGAGAGUUGAGCCUUCCAUGGCCGGCGACUCCAGCAACCCUAGCUGCCAGGUCAUCGACUGCCCAGCUGGCGCUUCAACUUGCACCGCUGCCUACAACCAGCCCGAUGAUGUGCGCACCCACGUCUGCAGCGACCAGGCCGACCUCGUCCUGACAAUGUGCCCCGGCGGUAGCGGUUCCAGCACACCUACCACCUCGGAGCCUGCUAGCUCGUCCCCUGCCAGCUCCCCAGCACCAUCAUACGGUGGCUCAUGGAACGGUCCCCCUGCCAAGCGCGCUGAGCACGGUCACCAGCGCAUCCACUCUCGGGCUUUCCGAGUUUAA